AUGGAUGCAACACAACAGCACCAGACUGUUCAGUCUACAGGGUUUGUCGACGCAGGGACGCCGACAGUUCAGUUCCGGGUCUCCACAAGGACGUUGAUAGAUGUGACUAGGGAUGUUUCUCAACCAGAAGACGAAUAUGGAGACACUGAGGUACCUGAAAUAAGAACGUCAACAAGUUCAGGACCUGUGACAACAUCUGAAGAACUCACGCAGAUGCUGCGCGAGCAAGCGAGGACAUGCAUCAGACAGACAGAUGAAGAUCCACUGACACUGGAGGUUCGCAGGAAUUUUGUGCUGCGGGAUGCUCUCCAGUAUAUAAGAGUUUCACAGGAGGACCUACACAGCCCCCUGCACAUCCGCUUCCUGGGAGAACAAGGCAUCGACCUGGGAGGGUUGAGAAGAGAAUUUUGGACACUUUUUCUGUACCAGGUGUCUCAUUCGACAUUUAUAACUGGACGACCGGGACGUCUGGCCUUCCAGAAGAAUUUCAUUGAACAACGUAAGCGGACAUUCUACUAUCUUGGGCAGUUAGUAGCACUGUCCGUCUUACAGGACGGUCCCGGUCUGCCGAUUUUCUCGGAUAUAGUGACCGACUACAUCCUGGACCGUGACCGUAGUGUAGUGAGCGAGGGGGAUCUGCCAGAGCACCUUGCUCAGCUGAUAGAACAGAUGAAGGAGGCCGAUAGUGACGCUGCAGCACAAACACUCUUCCAACAGAUGUUUGAUGAAGCUUGUACUGCUGGGUUUCUAAUCCCAUCCACCAGCUUCAACAAGAGCUUCAUACCAGCCCUGGUUGGUGCCCUAGUCAAUAACCUGGUUGAGAGCAGUCGGGUUGAGCUUGACCAGUUUGUCGAUGGACUGAAGACUCAUCAGGUCCUUGAGUUGCUGCGUUUGAGGCCUGAUGAUAGCUACUGCAUAUUCAGCGGCCGAACAAAACCGGUGACUGUAGAAGCAGUUCGCUUGCUUUUGCAUUUCCGAUAUCGGACUGGGAAUCAUGCAGAAACUGAUCAGCAGACAGCUCAAGGUUUUCUGACGUUCCUCCGAGCUACCAAAGGAUCAACUGCAUCUGUCAACGGGGUUAAGCUACAGCCAAAUGACGUGCUGAUGUGGCUGACGGGAUCAGCGACAAUGCCGGCAGUGGGCUUCCAUAAAGUUAUUGAUGUGGAAUUUGGGGACACGCUUCGGGUUAACACAUGUGCCCUGGUGUUGACGCUGGCUGAAGUGCCACGCGAAGUUGAAGAUGUGCAACAUUACUCCGAACUGCUCAUCAAUAGCCAGACAUUUCAAGCGGAAUAA